CAAUUCUUGAGUGGCAGCAUACACCUAAUGAACAGAUCAAUCGUUGCAUCGGUGUCAUCUUCGCAUCUUCGUCAGAUUGUAAAGCUAAACCAGUGACAGAUGCGCAGCACUCUUAUAUCUCAGCCGAAUGCAGAAUUAUGCGUUGUCAGUCUUUCAGAAGUUGUACAUUCUCAGCAUAUUGCCCCACAUCCUGGGUUUGAGGGCCCCUAAUCAAUUGGACGACUUUCAGGGCAGGGAUUGGCAGCCAUUGGGUGCACGAAACUUUGCUGCUGAUUGUGUAGACGUCAGCCUGCUGCUGAGCGCUCCACUUGAGGAGUACGCUGCAAUAGUCAGCCAAUCAGCAGGCAUAAGGAGCAAUGCUAGCGCUGCCACGUGCCUCUUGACGGCAGAAGUCCCCGAAUAUGGUAGCAGCGGCAGUGACAGUGAGUGUGAAUCCCACGUAUGGGACGUGCGGGAGUCUCAAACAGAAGCGGAGCCAUUCACACAGCAGCUGCGAUUACACAGCACCUGCAACAUGGGGAGUUUGGGACUGCAGGUGAUGAGGCAUGGUGCUGCAACAAAGCACAGGCGUUUAGCGGACUCCAGCAUCCCUGCAGCAAAUGCAACGUUGUCCAAUCAGACCGGUGCGGCCAGCCCUGGCCCCGGCCCUGGGGGCAGCAACGGCCAGGGGCCGAGCAAUGGCAUAGCAUGCUGCUGCGGCCAGAACAAUCAGGUUGGCGGCAGCUCGCAGUGCUGCUGCGGGCCUGUGACCAUCUGCUGCCAGGCGAGCGGCUUCUGCUUGACGCAGAACUGCACGGCCAUCUUUGUGGGCUCCACUCUGAUCGCCGGCGCCCUGAUCUCCUUCAUGACAUGCGGCAUCUGCAUCUACAGGGCACGAGCAAACUUGCAGGAGCCUGCAACGUUCUGGACCAGGAGUGGCGGAAGGUUCAGAGACAAUGGCUCGCGGCAGGCGCGGCGGCCGCUGCCGACACAUGCGCCGCCGGAUGAUGAGGAGGGAACUCCGCGCGAAUGCCCAGUGUGCUUGGAGGAGACCACCAGCAAUGCGCAGUGGGUCGUCUUCGGCUGUCACCAUGCGACCUGCCGCACCUGCUAUGACCAGCUGGUGGCCAAGCCGCACCAGGACGCUGCCUGCCCGCUCUGCCGCAGGCCCCUCACAGAGCUCGUCCCAGAGACGACCCCAUCGCAUGUGGCUAUCCAAAUGCAGCCGUUGCAAAGGGAGCCGGCCGGACCCUCCGGGGGUCAAGUGCCUGCGAGCGCUGCAGCAUCGGGAUCGUCAAGCAGGGUGGCAGCCACAAGCUGAAAAUUUAGCAGAGCAUGGGAUUUUGGGGAGGCUUCUGUUGCGCAGUGUAUUAAUCAUACCCCAGCUUACGUGCCAAAUGCUCUGUGCAAGAGCGGGCAUUGUGGUUUCUGUGCAGCCUGGGGAACAAUGGGCCAGUACCUUACUCGCAACUUCUAUGCUGCUGACGUGUACAACUAGCUAAGUUGAACAGGUUGUGAUGUCUUCAUGUGCCUCUCUGGGCUGGUGAUGCUCACCGGUUUCUAGCUUUUGAAGUCUCUACUGAAGACGGGUCCAAGUUGAGGUGAAAACAGCUGGAGAUUAGUUUUUCUGUUGCAGGAGAUGCAGCUGCAAGUGUGCUAGCAUUCAGCAUGGCAUCCACUAGAUAUGAAACAUUGAGGUUGAGUCAGAUGACGUAUCGCGAGUAAUGAACCAAGUGUUAGGUCCUCUUCUUUGCUGAGGGCUACUGGCCCGCUCAUAAUGACCUGUUUGAAUGUCCAUCCUGCGUGACUGCCAUUAGCAAUUGCUGCUGGUUGAACAUCAUCUGAAGUAGGCACCUAGACAAAAGCCAAUUGGAAAGCUGGGCAGGAUUGUUCAAUUGAUCAUAUGCAUAAAUUUAAACAACCUAGAUCGGAGGUUCCGUUGGACGUGAGGAGCCAGGUAGUAUAUUCUUAAAUGCAUUGAUGACA